CAACAAGUCCGUCACAUUUAUGACAACAUGUACAAGCGAAGUUUACCCAUCGACCCAGAGAACACUUGAAGGCAUCACUCCACCCCUUUGACCACUCGGUGGCAGUAACACGCAACGUGAAUGACACAAAGCAAACCGAGAAGAAGAAAACCUGUCGGUUUAGUUCCUGGUUGCAUAAAGUCAAGAAUCACCCUCUGUUCAGAUUGUUGUUUUCUUCAUCUGUAGGCUCAAACGGUGAUUUCAUUUCGACCGAAAUGUUCAAAAGCUUCGGGACGUGGUUGGGUCUGGAGGACCAGACGUACACGAAGGCGUCGGAAGACACAGAAAAGCUGAGUGGGGAGCAGGAAGAAAAGGUGGUGGAAGCACAGAACGAGGUAAACAAACAGCAACCAGCUGGCCAGGAUGGAGAACCAGAGGCCGACCGAGAAGAAAACUCUGAGCUCGGCAAAGGACUCGGGGAUUACAUCUUCAGUUUUGCCACCAGUGCCACCAAGAAGAUCUCUGAUUCGGUGGUAGAGACGGCCCAGAGCAUCAAGAAGACGGUGGAAGAAGGGAAGAUCGACGGCAUCAUAGACAAGACUUUUCUAGGAGACUUUCAAAAGGAGCAAGAGAAGUUUGUCCAAGAGAAGAAAGCAAAAAAAUCAGAAGCAGCGGUGCCUCCCUGGGUCGGCUACAACGAGGAGGAGACGAUCCAGCAACAAAUCCUUGCUCUGUCAGCUGACAAGAGAAACUUCUUGCGAGACCCCCCCGCUGGUGUUCAGUUCCACUUUGACAUGGAGCAGAUGUAUCCUCUGGCUGCAGUGAUGCUGGAGGAAGACCAGCUCCUCAACUGCAUGCGCUUUGACCUGGUCCCAAAACAUGUGAAGGAGGAGGUGUUCUGGAGGAAUUAUUUCUACCGGGUGUCUCUGGUCAAGCAGUCGGCCCAGCUGACGGCGCUGGCAGCCCAGCAGCAGCAGAAGGACGGCGAGGACAGAGCCGCCAGUGUUUCGUCCGAGGACGUCGUUCUAACAGACGUCAGACCAAAAACGCCACCAAUUUCCAUCAGCGACAUACAGAAGCCACCUCAGGAGGAGGAAGAGGAGGAGGAGGAGAUGUCGACCAGCCCCGGGGUGUCUGAGUUUGUGAGCGAUGCUUUCGACUCGACAGGCAUCGACCAGGAGGACCUGAGGAAAGAGAUGGAGCAGCUGGUGCUGGAUAAGAAGGAGAGCGUCCCUUCUCCUGAUGACGAGUCGGCCGACUGGGAGAAGGAGCUGCAGCAGGAGCUCCAGGAGUACGAGGUGGUCAGCGGCUCAGACAACAAAGACGACCAAUGGGAUCAAGAGAUCGAGAAGAUGCUCCAGGCCGACGACAGCUAGACAAACGCCGUGUGUCCGUGUCCUAUUCGGCGAUCUGCCCCCCCCCUUCGCACAACUGUGAUUACUAUCUUGUAAGCAUUCUCCUAUACCGGAUGAAGGUGUAGAUCCAAUAGUAGCAAGAGAGCGUCGCCUCUGCUGGAAACAAAGGGUAUGUUCAGUAGGGCUGCACGAUAUGAGGGAAACAUGCGAUAACGUUGUUGAAUAUUUUUCAAUAAACUGAUAUUAAAGUGGACUCAUUUCGGAAUUUCCGCUGCGUUCAGUAUCCUACUAAAAAACAACAAAUGUCAUCUAACAAAUUGAAUUGAAUAUAAAGGCACCACUAAAAAAAGUAUUUUGCGAUAUGUUGCAGCCUUUCCCCAUGUGUUUAUUGCGCCAGGUGACAUUGUGAUAAAAAGUGAUCUAUUGUGCGGCCCUAAUGUUCAGGUGUAUUUAUAAAGCGCUCCUUCCUAAAUUAAUUUCCUCUACUUGCUUUCCCAAACCCUCCCUCUCUCUCUCUCUCUCUCUCACUCUCUGAUGGGGAAAUGUCGCUAGAGGGCGCUCCAGUACAGUGGGUUUUAUUAUGGAGGGGGCCUGUUUUGAAAUGACGUCGCAUUAUUUCACACUGCUGCUUUCCGGUGGGGUGUACAGUAAAGGCUUGGUAUAGGUAUAGUCAAAUGUAAAGUUACAUGUAUGUAAAUAAAGAGGAUUUUUAACACUAUA